UUAACUGUUUAUAUUGAUUUCUCCUCAUGUUAAAAUUAAAAUCUCCCUUAUUCAUUUUUAGACGAUUUCUAAAUGAAAUCAUCUCUAUUGAUCUAGAGUGAAAGAACAUAUACAAAUCACGACCUCUGAUCACUGUUUUCCCCACUGAUUUAUGAUCAGUAUAUGUUCUCAGCUGCAACUCUGAGCUUAAAACUAGACGAUGAAGAAAGAAAAAUCAAUGUUAAUUGCAAACCCUAGUGGAACUACCGAAGAAAAUUCAUCUUUUUCAAACAGAGUAUUCCUUCUAGAAGAUGAAGAAUCAGAGAUGCAACAAACUACUAGUGACUUCCCUUUGCCAAUCGCCACUCGUAAUGGUUCCUCCAAAUACGAUUUCGUCAAGGUGAAAGUAUGGUUGGGUGAUAAUGCUGAUCAUUACUAUGUCCUCUCUAGAUUUUUGCUUAGCAGAAUGUUGACUGUUACUAAGAUUCCUAAUCAUGUCGCUGUAAAAAUUUCCCUUGAACUCAAGAAGCUGCUCACCGAUAAUAGCCUUCUGGACGUCUCUCAAUCUGAUCUGGAAGCUAAUUUGUUUAAGUAUGCCACUUUCAAAAUGAAAGACAUAACCAUAAUUAUAACUUUGAUUGCAGGUCAUGGAAAGGCGGGCUAUGGGCAAGAAUAUAUAAAUCAUUACAAGAUGAUGGCAAGAUUUCACCAUCAGCGAGUACCAUUAGUUAUUCUUGUAUGUGACACAGCAUGUGUUGGAAAGUCAACAAUUGCUACCCAGCUUGGUCAAAGGCUAAACUUGCCAAAUGUUUCACAAAUAGAUAUGGUGUAUGAAUUGCUAAGAACAUCAACAGAUGCACCUUUGACAUCUUCACCUAUUUGGGCACGCGACUUUAUUUCAUCAGAGGAACUAAUUACUAAAUUUUGUAAAGAAUGCAGAAUCGUUCGAAAAGGUAAUAAAGCAAUGAAAGAUGGGAAGCCGAUCAUCAUUGAGAGGAUGCAUGUGGAUCCUAGUAUAUAUUUAAUGGAUGAAGAGAACAAAUCACCACAUAAGGCUUCAAAAACAUAUGAAAAUGACUUAAAAGACACAUAA